CCACUUGAGGAGAGAAGCUUGACCGCCCUUCGCUCCGCCCUUUCAUUUUCUCCUCACGCUGUUAGCGCAGCGGACGCAUUUGGCGUAGCGCUGGCCGGGCCAGCCAGCAGAAAAGGUGGAGAGACGAGAGGAGGAAGGCAGAGCGAGAGAAGCUGGGGCUGAGCUGACGACAAACCUGUGGGGAGCCGCAACGUAUGCUGUAGAUGCACUUAUCCACGUGACGCUUUUGCACAAGGGGAGGGAGACUGGAGUGGUGGAGCGUUGACUGUGCCGUGCACCAGCUCAGAGAGAAGCCAGCAAUGCUUUCAAGAGAAGCCCUGAGAGAAACCGAGCACUGCAGCUUCUAAUCAAGGGAGCUCCUGCUGGUCUGGAGCUUAGAUUUUUUCCCCCUUCCGUUUUCACCCCUUGGAGAUGAACCAGAGACUUCACCUGCCCUCUUCUUCACCUGGAGUCUAUAUCAGCAAUGAUACUAUAGCCAGAUCAGACCACCAAAGAGAGAAUACAAUUUUUCAUUUAAAGCUAGGCUGCCAUUGCAUCUGAACUGAGAUCCUUGUGCUCUGUUUUUGACAAUUGGAUCGACUAGGGAUUUAUUUUUAUUCUUAGUUUUUAUUUUGUGGUUACACCUUUUUUAAACAUCUUUAUUGUUUAUGUUUGGAGCUGUUCCUCUCGAGUUACUUUGACCUUUUUUUAAAAAAACUGGGAGUUUCUAGGCUUUUCAUUUUUGGCCUUGUUUGAAUUUGCCCAUGGCUUUUUUGAUGAAGAAAAAGAAGUUCAAAUUUCAAACCAGUUUCACUUUAGAGGAGCUGACUGCAGUCCCUUUUGUGAAUGGGGUUCUGUUCUGCAAAAUUAGGCUGCUGGAUGGAGGAGAUUUUGCCACUUUGUCUUCCAGAGAAGAGGUUCAGGAGAACUGUGUUCGCUGGAAGAAGAAAUUCACCUUUGUCUGUAAAAUGAGUGCCAAUCCUGCCACCGGCCUCUUGGACCCUUGCAUCUGCCGUGUGUCUGUCCGCAAGGAAUUGAAGGGAGGGAAAACUUAUUCCAAGUUGGGUUUUGCUGAUCUGAAUCUAGCAGAAUUUGCAGGAUCUGGUUUUACUGUCCGGUGCUGCUUGCUGGAGGGAUAUGAUACCAAGAACACCCGGCAAGAUAAUUCCAUCUUGAAGGUAACGAUUGGAAUGUCCCUGCUCUCUGGAGACCCCUGCUUCAAAACGCCUCCAUCCACGGCCAAAACAAUCGCCAUCCCAGGCCAGGACUCUACCCUGCAGUUGACCUGUAAAGGGGAGGGAACGACCAGCAGCAGCAGCACAACUGCCACCACUAGCACAUCUGGCACCAUCGGCUCAGUCCGUCAGAACAAGCCCAGAUCCACCAUUCUUGGCUCAGGUUUAACAGAGGAAUCGGACCAGAACCUGUCCAGUCCGGAUGAAGUAUUCCAUUCAGGACAUUCGCGGAAUUCGAGUUACGCCAGCCAGCAAUCCAAGAUCUCUGGCUACAGCACUGAGCACUCGCGGUCCUCCAGCCUGUCUGACCUGACCCACCGCCGGAACACUUCCACCAGCAGCAGUACCUCGGGAGGACUCAGCAUGACAGUGGAGUGCCCAGAGGGUGAGCGAGAGCACAAGCCAGAGAAGCCACCUCGCCCACCAAGACCCAGCCUUUUGUUGGAUAGAUCGUCCAGGCGAAAAAAGGAUUCUGUGGAAAGCCACCCCACCUGGGUGGAUGACACAAGAAUUGAUGCGGAUGACAUAGUGGAAAAGAUCAUGCAGAGCCAGGACUUCACAGACGUCAGCAACACUGAAGAUAGCAACCUGAGACUGUUUGUGAGCAGAGAUGGCACAACGACACUAAGUGGGAUUCAGCUUGCAAACAGAGUCUCAUCUGGAGUUUACGAGCCAGUGGUAAUUGAAACCCAUUAAAUGUGAACAGAAGGGGGUGGACCUGCUGGAAAACGGUCUUCUGCCCCGUCUGCCAUCAUGAUGAAUGCCAUUUUUUCUUUUUUAACCUCUCUUCAUGCAACAUUCCAAGCAGGACUUUCCAAAGCCCCUCCCCUGACGUGUGCGCAAUGCAGACCUGUUCCAAGAACAGGACAUGCACCUUUGCCGUUUUCCGCCUCUUGUCUCCCCAGAUUUAUCUGGAAACAACCCAUAACUUUCCUGCCAAUCUCAAAAGUGUCGUCCUGAAAGCCUGCUCAUGGGGGGGGGGAGGGGCAGGAGAAUUCUGCACUCCAUGUCAAACCCUCAUUCCAUGAGCCGCUUCUUUUCACUGAUUGGACCUUGCAGAUCCUUUGUCUCUCAGCCAUUGGGUUAUACCACUGUGAACGCUUCCCUUCAUCUCCCCCAUCCCUCCCCCUCAAAUUGGUGUUGAGGAGAAGCAUUGCUAAUUGAAUGCAAAAGGCGAGGCGAAAGCAGCCACUUGGGUGCAAUUACUGAUGCGUUUUUUCUCUUCAGCGGGCUUCUGCCUUGUGGAUCAUGGGAGAACUUUCUUGUGAGGACAGCUGCUGAGCAAAGCACCCGACAUAUUUGUUUUUGAAGCCCCAAAGAUCAUCCAUUCAUAGGAAAUGGCUUGUUGUCAUUUUUCCUUCUGAAAGUGCAUUUUGAGAGUCACUAAGAAAUGGAACAAAAAAAUUUGAAGAAAAAGAAACAAAGGUUAUGAAUGCUGGGCACCUCUUAGCAGUCUUGCAGACCCCCCCCCUCCACUGCAGCGCAUGGAAGGGUAUUCCAGCCUUGGCUUCCCAUUAGAGGGAGUGCUUUCCAGAUUCCAGAUGUGGGCUCAAAAGGCCAUUUUCAGAAGUGGAAUCUGUGCUCUCCUUUAUUUUUGCAAUUGAGAGCCACUGUUAUAGUUUGGUGGGGGUGGUUGCAACGGUUACGCAUCUGAAUCCAAUUAUGAUUUUGUCUGCUCAUUUGAGGCCAGCAGAGAAACAUUUUAAUACGCUUAAAUAUGGUUGCCUUCUGGGUCAGAAAAGGACGUUGAAUUAGGGUAGUCUUCCUCCCAUUCUGGGUGGGAGAGGUUGGAUGCUUUUCCAAAGCUAAGACAUGAUUGAUAUUUCUCCCUCCCCCCUGCAAAAAAAUUCCUUAGGCUUUGAUUUAGAUCAGGGGUUGCUGCUGCUAUAAUGAGUCCAGCCCCCUCCCUCUACCUAAUCCAUCGUGGAGAAGCUUUGCCUAACAUGUGCCUAAAAUCUGCCCAGAAACCUCCUGCAUUUAGGCUAUGGAGCCUACUCCACCCUUACUAGGCCAAGUUUGCUGCACAUGGGCAGCUGAAUGAGGAGGUAGAGUAAAACAGCAGGUGAGAGGUGUCAUUUUUAAUACUCCCCCAUAUAAAUAAGUAAAAACCCUUUCUCCUAAAUAGAAGACUUAACACAGCAGGAAGAGGUCUAGUUCAAUCUGCUCCUUGCUGUGCUAGAUUUCUACUUGCAGAAGAGGCUUCUUUAUAUGAGGGAAUACCUGCCAUCUUGAGGCCAGCUGCUACUUCAUUCUCCUGCCUGCAUGUGCCAUAUUUUAGGCUUAACUGUGUCCUCCUCCUCCUCCUAAUUUGCCAGGAUUUUGGGGCGGAGGUGAGAGGGUUGAGUUUUUAAAAGAAAAGGAUGCUUGAGCUUUCCCUCCACUUCUUCCUCCUCCCCACCCCACCCAGCCAACAUUCAGAUACUGUAGAAAAAAAUACAAUUUGUGUGAGUACAGCAGGGGAGAGCCUGAAGUUUCUGAAUCCCCCCCCCAAUAAUCCUGGCAAGUAGAUUUCUGGGCACAGAUCUAAACGAUCUGGUUACAGCAAGGUCUUUUGUGUAUAAUUUCAUUUUAUAAGCUAUUUUCCUUUUAGCACCUCUCCCCGCUUCACUUUUCUUGCCAUAGUUCUGCAGAUGGCGCACUUGCCAGUUUACAUGUUUGUGGGUUACUCUGAGCCACUAUUGAAGAGCAUGGCUGAGGCCAUUAUGUUCUGUUAAUGCAUGUGAGCUCAGCACCUGGUGCGUGUGUACACAAAGGCACAUGUGAGCCACUUCACAUGCAGCAAAGGAGAAUGGAUUGGUAGGGGUCUCCAGUUUCCUUUUCCCCCUGUAUAUCCAAGUGAACUAAUGACCAAGUUUGUAAUAGAAGUGCAUGUGAAUGGAGUACCACAGAUGGAAUUCAGGUGGAUGACUGGGAACUGGGAAGGGAAAAGGGGGGGUGCUCUAGGGUUGCUGUUGGUGCUUAUAGACUAAGCCACUGUCUUCUGAGACGGAGCCACAGCCCAGUGGCUGCUGCCACACACAGCUAUAAAGUUCAAGACUGAGCAUCACCUACUAUAGGAGCAGGGAACUGGGUCUGUUUGGUGGGCUAGAUCAUGUGGGUGGAGCUGCCCACCUGGCAUCGCAAUGACGUUGGGUGAACUUUUCUUACGGGUCUUGUGGAGUGCUUUGCAUAGGGCCUGGUGCAGGCAGAUCAAAGUUCUCUCUUGAGUGCUUUGCAUACAGGUUUGGAGGGACCACCAAACUGCUGACUUGGCAAGGUCCCAGAUCUUUCGCAGUCUAUCCUAAAACUCCAUCUGUGGCUCUUUUCCUAAGUGCAGUUCGCUCGUCGAAAAGGAUCUGUGGUGAUAGAGCUGGGAAUAUUGUUGUUUCUUACUCAACAAUUCUGCCCCUGCUGCUUAAAAUUGUGGUCACAUAGCAAGCACUAUCUCCCUUGGCAUGACUGGUGUGUUUGUUUCUAGGUGGCUUGGAGAUACUGUUGGUUGGUUUCUCUUUAAUUGGCAUUCUCAGACCACUGGUUCCACCUGGAAACCUUUUUAUUUUUAAUCUUGAAAUGUGUUGAAUUUUGUCUAUAAACCCAGCAGGCUGGUGUCUUGCAGCUUUUCAAAAACCCAUUAUUUCAUUGCUAUCUUGUGUUUUUUAGGGUUUUUAAAUUAUGGUUAUUUCUAGCUGAGGGGGGGGGAGAAAGCAGGAAGCUUCUCCUUUUGAGAGAAUUAUAUUUUGAAAUCCAGAGGUUUUGGGAUUUUUGCUGAUGAAACCCCCCCCCCUUCCCUAUGGUCAAAUUCGUAGCCCUCAAGUUGUGCAAAAGAUUUUAUAGGAGCAAAGAGAUAUAUCCAGUGUUAGUUCUACUCAGAGUAGACCAACUGAUACUAAAGAACAUGACUAACUUGGGUUCAUUAAUUUCAGUGGGUCUGAGUAGAACGUAGUUGGAUACAGCUCAGACUCUUAAGUUAGCCUUUCCCAUCCUUGUGUCCUCCAGGUGCAGUUGGACUCCCAACUCCCAGGAGCCCCAGCCAGCAUGGCCAAUGGUCAGGGACAACGGGAGCUGUAGUCUAGCAACAUCUGGAGGAGGAGCAGAUUGGAGAAUGCUGCUGUUAAACUGAUAGAGGGGGAGCAGAGCUGGUAUCUUUGUCCUCCCUGUCUAGUGCCAAAUGAGAACAGAUUCGCCUUCAACUGUUCUGCAACAUAAAUCUUAUGUUUUGGUAUAUCUCUCACUGUGUGUAUGUAAAUCUGCUCUGCAGAAUACAAAAGGUAUUCAUUGUCAUGUUCUUGGAAGUGGUGUCAUUUGAGGUGCCUCGCCACUACCGAGAGCCGUAAGGAAUCAUGCUCAUCCCCUGCUGCACGGAUGCUGGAGAUGGACACAGCAGGGUCCCUGAAGACCAGAAUGGUGAUGAAACUCAAGGAGCUGAAUUUCUCAAUUUGUCGGGCACUUGGAGGAGAGGAAGGUGAUGUGCUGCCCUAAAAAUGUUCUAAAUUCACCUGCCUGCCUCUGGCUGCUUCAGAGAACUUAUUUUCUUUUGAAAGGCAUGGUUGGUUCUUUUUUUUAAAGAAAGGGCAAGAUCCCAAGAAUCAUUGAAUUAAGGUCUAGAAUGUGAGUUGCUGUUAUAUUUCAUUUUGUGCAUUUCCCUCCCCAAAUAUUUUGGUUGUGCAGCUGGUCUGUGCGCACAUUGUGAACCUCUGGAAGGCCCUGUACCAGGUACGCAUUGCAUUGAAGUCCCCAAGUGAAAUGUACCCUCCUGGAGAGGGGGACCACAAGAGGGAGAGCAGAUCUCUCCCUUGUUGCUUGAUCUCAGGAGCUGCUAAAUGAAUCCACCAUUCCUGCUCUCCCCCCUUCAAGCUACCUGUCUGCUGCUCUUUCUCUUGCCCUCUGGACAGGGCUGCUAUCCUUAGGGCCUGAUCUAUAAACUCUGUGCCUGGUAGCAAGUGUUUGUAGGAUCUGCAGCCCUCCACCUCCAAAAGGCCUUAUUCUGCAGUCCCCACUGUGGGCUGACUGCAUUCGGCCAUCUCCUAUGACGGGGUUGGAGAACCUGUGGCGACGGCAACUUCCAUCAUUCCCAGCCAAUAUGGUCAGGGACGAUGGGAGCUGUAGUCCAAAGACAUUUGGCAGCCCACAGGUUCCCCCCACCCCCAGCCUAUCCUAACCUUUCCUCUCCCCUCCUUGGCUAGUAGGGGGGAUCUCUCUUCCCAAGAAGUAAAAGGAAUGUGGAACUUAAGAGGAGAGUAUCUGAUUCUUUUACCUUACUUCAAGAAAUAAUGUUUGCUAGUUUUGUUUUUUAAGCCCAUAUUUUUGAGGGGGUUAGAGGAAAAAAAUUGAGAGAAAUCACGUUUAUUUUCUUGGAAAAGUUAUUGAAGCUCAGAAGAGAGAUGCACUCCGUUUAUAUUCAGAUAAUUCUAUUGUGUGUGAGAGUGCGCAUAGAUAUUUUUGGAAAGGGAAAAUGGGACUAUGCAAACUUCAAAAAAUUGCUCGCUUGAAGAUAUAGUUUUAACAUUUUCUAAACUUUUGAAAUCUAAAUGAUUUAAAAAAAAAAUCUAGAGAUGCCGUUGUCAUUAAAAAGCAAGUAUAGAAGAGAUGUUAGUUCCACCACACUGUUCUUUGCUCUGUUCUUUCAAUGAUUCUUUGACAAAUUUUGUGGGGCUGGAGGAGAAUGGUUGUUGCAAGUGUGUCUUUCCCCACCACAACCACCCCACAGUUUUUAACUUGCUCCACCAGUGUUUUCUGGGGUUUUUCCCUAAUGGAAUGGUGUGCUGUCUCUGAUUCAACCAAUUGUGUUUGUACUCUGAUACCUGGUUCCUAAUGUAGAGAAGCCACCAAUAUAAAAAGAGAAAAUCACUAUAAUGUCAAAUGUUAUUACUGUUUUGAGGGUAAUAAAGGUGUUCUUUUUCCUUUUUUGGUACUUCA